AGAUGGAAUCCUUGUUGGAGUGAAACAUGAGGAAAGUAGUACUACUCUCAAUUGCAGAAGGAUAGAUGGGAUGGGAUGGUGUGGCCCACUUCAAGUUUCAAAGCACCAGAAAUUGUGUUGGCUUUCACUUGAAUAAAGGCACCAUCUUUCACAUGAAGGAAACAUAAGGGAGAGAGAGAGAGAGAGAGAGAGAGAGAGAGAGAGAGAGAGAUGUGAUGAGAGUAGCAAGGAGAAAGAAAGGUGAAAAUGAAGUAUAUGAAACUUGGGACAAGGCCAGACACCUUCUUCACACAGGAGGCUACAAGGUCAGUGUCCUCAGACGUGCCCAGCGAUCUCACCAUUCAAAUCAAUAACACUACAUAUCUACUACACAAGUUUCCACUUCUUCCCAAGUGUGGCCUCUUACAGCGCCUUUGUUCUGAUGGUGGUGAUUCUGAUAAUUGUACGAUCGAGCUUCAUGAAAUUCCAGGCGGCGAAGAAGCCUUCGAGCUCUGCGCAAAAUUCAGUUAUGGAAUCAUGAUCAAUCUCAGCGCCCAUAACUUUGUAGCGGCGAUCUGUGCAGCCAAGUUCCUUAGAAUGACUGAGUCUAUUGAGAAGGGCAAUUUCAUCUUGAAGCUCGAAGCAUUUUUCGAUUCGUGCAUCCUACAGGGGUGGAAAGAUUCAAUCAUGGCCCUUCAGACAACUGGGAAAUUGCCCGAGUGGUCUGAAAACAUCGGCAUUUUGGGACGGUGUGUUGAUGCGAUUGUGGAGAAAAUCCUCACACCCCUAUCAAAGGUAACAUGGUCUUACACAUACACUAGACCGGGGUAUGCCGAAAAGCGCCACCGGUCAGUCCCAAAGGAUUGGUGGACCGAAGACAUCUCCGAUCUCGAUAUCGACCUCUUUCGAUGUGUUAUCACCGCCGUCAAAUCGGCAAAGAAGCUCCCACCCCCACUCAUAGGCGAAGCAUUACAUGUCUACGCCAGCCGGUGGCUGCCCAAUGCAUCAAAGGGGUGGGCCCCAGAGAGCUCACUCACCCAAAAUGAAGAAACUGCGAUGAAGCAUCGGCGCGUGCUCGAAUCUAUUGUGAGCAUGAUCCCAAGUGAUCGUGGGUCAGUCUCCGGUGGGUUCGUCUUGAGGCUCCUUAAGGUGGCCAAUCUUGUCGGGGCCUCACCGUCCACGAAGGCCGAGCUCGUGAGGAGAUCGGGCCGGCAAUUAGAUGAGGUUACGGUUAGCGACAUUCUCCUUCCGUCGUAUUUAUCUUCGAACAAGAGCUUUUAUGACGUCGAUUUAGUGGGGUCGAUAUUAGAAAACUUCCUGGUACACUUCCAUCGGCGCGGCCCACCGGACAAUAACAAAUCCAUGCAGUCCAUGUUCCAGGUGGGGAGGCUCAUUGAUUCCUAUUUGCAAGUGGUCGCUCGGGACGCUAAUGUUCCAGCUUCGAAGAUAAUCGCUCUUGCAGAAGCCUUGCCGGAGUUCGCCCGGCCCAAGCACGACGAUCUCUACAAAGCCAUUGAUAUUUAUCUCAAGGAUCACCCUGAUCUCAUCAAGUCCGAGAAGAAACGCCUUUGCCGGAUUCUAGACUGCCAGAAGCUGUCGCCUGACAUAUGCAUGCAUGCGGUGAAGAACGAACGGUUGCCGUUACGAACCGUUGUGCAAGUUCUCUUCUUGGAGCAAGAACGGGCCACAAGGCCCAGCAGUCGAAAUCCACCGCAUGAUCAUGCGAUGAGUGGUGUGUUAUUGAGUGCUGGUGGCCAUGGAGAGAUAGAAGAAUCCAUUGAGGAGGCGACGGUGCCGGGCCCCAACAGAAGAGAUCCAAAGAAAACAAAGAAACCCGAUACUAAGACGCCGGAGCAGGCCCGGCCCAACGGGUCGAAACGAACAGUUGGGAGGAAACAUGUGAUGGAGAUGGACAAGGGAAGGGAAAUCAUAGAGGAAGGAGGUUUGGAUGGCAAUUUAGGACCUAAGAAGAUGGAAAUCAAGGGUAGAUCAACGGUGGGCCGUGGCCCAAAAGCAGGUCACAAAUAUGAUUAGUGUGACAAAUCAUUAUUUGAUAUAAACAAAACCUUUUAUUUUUCUUCUUAUAGUUUAAGUGCUUCAUUUUUAUUUUAA